AACGGCUGCGGCGACGGUGGCGGCAACGCAGAACUCGCGGUCGUCGCCUUCCCGACCCGAGCGAUGCACGCGGCUCCAACGGACGGGCCAAUCGCGCUCGACCUCGCUCUCCUCGUCGCUCUCGGCUCGGAUUGUGUUUUGUCCGUCUCUUUCGCUCCACGCGGGCCCUGCGUCACUCGCUCUCCGAUCCCCAUUCGUGCGCACGACCUCUAAUAUACGCCUCUCGCGAUUCGUACGUGGCACGCCCCGAACGUCGGUGAGCUGAGAGGCCAGCAGCAGCAACGCGCGACUUCCUUCUCCGGUUUUGCGUGCGCUGCUCCUUGCUCGCUCUCUCCUUUCCGGGACUCUCUGCGAGGAAGGAUGGCUCAGAACAAUUACUUCGGAUUCACUCACGGUGGCACUCAAUAUGGGGCCACUAGUGCGGCAGCCUACCAGACGGGUCAGGCUGGUUAUGCCGUAACACCGGCGGCGACGGCAGCUACUUACACUCAACGACCUGCUGCCGCUGCAGCAACUGGCUACGAAACUUACCAGGCAGCUGCAGCUGCCGCUGCUACGGGCACAACAUACGCUGCUACAAAUCCAGGAACCGUACCACAGACUUACGAUUACGGUUACGGUCGAGCAGCACCCGCUGCGACAUACGACGCCACGAAAACCUAUUAUCAACAACCUGCCGCCGCUGCGACUUAUACAACCACGGAGACACAUUAUCAGGCUGCGAAGCCUGCCUACAGUACAACCAGUGCUUAUGCUGGGGCGCCACGACAAGCUACGACCACCGGUCAAGCCAAGACCUAUCAGGCGUCGAGCACGGCUUAUCCGCAAACGAAUCCCUCACAAAACACAACCUAUUCGUCGGGCUACUCAGCCCCGGCUGCUCCGGCUGCAGCUCCAACCGCAGCCACCAACAAAACGGCGGGCACAGCGUAUUCCGGCUACGACGCAGCACUGUACAGCGCCGCGACGAUGUAUGUCGCCCAGCAAAGUGCCAACAGCAACUCGACUAACCCGAAGACGAGAGGUUGGCAGGGCUACGGACGUAAAGGCUUCGGAUCGGGAGCCGGAGGUGGAGGCGGUGGUGGCGGCAUGAAGGCCAUGCGUCCUAAGCAGCCACCCAAGCCCCAGCAGCUGCACUACUGUGACGUGUGCAAGAUAAGCUGCGCGGGGCCCCAGACCUACCGCGAGCAUCUUGAGGGCCAGAAGCAUAAGAAGAAGGAGGCCUCGCUGAAGGUACCUCAACAGCCACCCGCGCGAGGUGCCGGUAACUCCCUGAGGUGCGAGCUCUGCGACGUCACCUGCACCGGCAACGACGCCUACGCGGCUCACAUAAGGGGCGCCAAGCACCAGAAGGUCGUCAAGCUGCACACGAAGCUCGGCAAGCCGAUACCGAGCGCCGAUCCGACCGUCCUCAAUCCCAAGCCGAGCGCCGCCAACAAGGCCGACGCCGCGAGCAAGGCCGACGCUGCCAAGAAGGGAGUUAUCACCGCCACCCCAAAAAUUAACUUUGUCGCCUCUGGAAAUCUAGGAACGGUGAAUCAAGGCAAUGACUCAAAGAUCGACGACAACGAUGAUGGUAAUGAAGAACAGACGACCGAUGAAAAAGAUAUUCAGCCUGUUGGUCAAGAAUAUAUCGAGGAGAAUAAGUCAGAGGAUGGCAAGAUAAUUAGUUUCAAUUGCAAACUUUGUGAGUGUCGUUUUAACGACCCGAAUGCCAAAGACAUGCACAUGAAAGGUCGACGGCAUCGCUUCGCUUAUAAGAAAAAAGUUAAUCCUGAUCUUGUUGUGGACAUGAAGCCAAGUCUCAAACAACGAAAACUAUUGGAAGAGAAACUGCGUCACCAACAGAUGCGCGAUGAGUAUAUGCGCCGUCGUGAUGAGAUGUCGCAAAUUGGCCCCAUGGGCCCCAUGGGUCCUAUGAUGGACGAGGAGAUGAUGUACUGGGAAGAACGACGUCGCUACGAAGAGGACUGCGAGUAUUACGAGUGGUAUCGUCGGUAUGGUCGUGGGCCAGGUGCUCCACCGAUGCCCAGGCCGUUUCCUGGUCCACCGCCCAUGAUGAUGUUUCCAGGCCCGCAACGGCGAUCCGACACCUCGGAUGAUAAACAUGUGAUCGCGCAUCACUCGACAAUUUAUCCAAAGGAAGAGGAAUUACAGGCUGUUCAGAAAAUCGUAUCGCAUACAGAAAAAGCACUUAAGUUUGUGUCAGAUGCCCUUGCUGAUUCAGCGCCAGCAACAACUCCUGCCAAUACAACAAACGUAAAUUCUAAUGACGCGUCAAAAAAGGACGAAGCCAAUAAAAAGGCCGCUCCACAAAAGGAAGACGGUAGCGAUGGUAAUCUGUUCUCUUUUCAAAAAGAAAAGGAGGACUCGAGAAUUCUUCGAGGUGUUAUGCGAGUAGGAAAUUUGGCCAAAGGUCUUCUCUUGUCGGGAGAUAACCAUGUCUGUCUUGUAGUAUUAUGUGCCGAAAAACCAACGAGAACUUUAUUAAAUAAGGUAGCAGAAAUCUUGCCAGUGCAGUUAAAAACUGUAGCUCCAGAUGAAACUUAUAAUGUUGGCAAGCAUCCGGAAUCGGCAGCUUUAACAGUAUCGGGAGGAACGGUGACAGUUAGUGUCACUCUAACCAGUCCUUUAAUGCGCGAUGCAACGAAACCAGCCGCCCCCGCAGAUAAUGCUGGACAGCAGCAACAAGGAGCUGCCCAACAACAAACGACGCCCGCGACGCCGGCCGCGACGAAACCAGAUCCACCAGACGUACUUCCCAAGGCUAAGUGUUUGGAGGCUUUAGCUGCACUGAGGCAUGCCAAGUGGUUUCAGGCUAGAGCAACUUCGCUGCAGAGCUGUGUUAUGGUUAUACGCAUAAUGCGCGAUUUAUGCAAUCGCGUACCAACCUGGGGUCCACUAAAUCCAUGGGCUUUGGAGUUAUUGACUGAGAAAGUGCUUAGCACCGCUGGUGUACCACUCAGUCCAGGAGCAGCACUGCGACGACUUUUGGAAUGCGUGGCCGGUGGAAUCUUACUUCCAGGAAGUCCAGGCUUGUCGGAUCCUUGCGAGAAAGAUCCAGUGGACGCGAUCGGUAACAUGACGGCCCAGCAGCGAGAGGACAUCACUGCUUCGGCACAACACGCCCUACGACUUGUGGCUUUUCGACAGAUACACAAGGUCCUUGGUAUGGAACAAUUGCCACCACCUAAACACAAGGGCGGAUCCUUCACCCGUAAGCGAAGACGCGAUAAUAGCAAUGGUGAAAGUACAGACACAGAGGCAUCAAAAAAGGACAAAAAAACGGAAGAGAUUAAGAUGGAGACGGACUCCAAGUAGAUUUCACCAAACACAUUCAAUUUAAUACUUAAGUCAUAACUUAUAAAAAUUGAGAUCAACAAAAAACACAAUGUACACGGAGAAAAUGUUUUCCCUGAAGUAUGUAUUGUGUCGAUUGCUUUGUUUUUGAGAUGUAGGAGAGAUGGAAUGAAUCGUAUAUAACAGAAUUAGAAGCUACUUUUCUGGGAGAAGCCUUUAAAAUCUGGUAUUAUCGAAAUAUACUUUUUCUUAAGCACGAAAAGGUAAAGUUCAUUGCUGACGAAUAGCGAUAGUUUAGCAGUGUCAUUAUGUGCUUUUUAAAAACAAGCAAUUGGUACAAUAAUUGUUUUAAAAGUAGUUUUUGUCAGAGGGGAGGACAGUAGGCAUUGUGAUGAUUAGGUUGAACUACUUAUUUAGCUAUGCAUCUUUAAAGCAAAACAGCAACAGUCACAAUUGUAAUGUGAACAGAAGCUAAGUCGAUGUGGGAGCUGUGGAGAUUUGUAACUUUUGGAAGUUAAGAGUAGAUGUAGUUUGUAUUGGGACUUCAUGUGUAUAUUGUGUGUGUAGUUUUACAAAGAAGCAAAAGAAAAACACUUCAAAGUAAAAGACUUGUUAUUGCAACAGUGUGGUUCAAAGUUGAUCUUAAAAAAUGAAGAUUUCCUGUAAGUGCAUGGAAUUUAAAUGUGAACCCAGUCUUUAAAAGCACUGAACAACUUUAUUAAUUGUUUGACAUAUAACUUUAAUCGAGAAUAAGACCAAAAUAUGCUCCUUGCAGAAUUAUAUCUUUGAUUCUCCUACGUUAUAACGAUGAAUUCUUUUCGGAGGCGAAUGCGUAUGGCUUACCGCUGUAUUACAAAAAAAAAAAAAAAAAAAAAAA